CCAUCGAAGUAGCUUGUUGUAGCAUAGAGGCGAAGGCAAGUCGAGAACUCCGAAGCAAUGGAGGAGGAGGAGCUGAAUCGGAAGAUCGAGGCGGCGGUGGUCGAGAUCCUGCGCGAAUCCGACAUGUCCUCUACGUCCGAAUCCAUGGUCCGCUCCAUGGCCAGCAAGCGGCUCGGCCUCGAUCUCUCCGGCGGCGUCCGCAAGCUCUUCGUCCGCGGCAUCGUCGAGUCCUUCCUCGAGUCGCAGCAGUCUGAGGAUGAAGAGGCUGUGGAAGAUUUUCCCGCAAUCGGUUUAAAGGGAGAAGAAGAAUCUGCGGAGCAACCGGCAGCUGGUCGAGAGGAAGAAGCGGAGGGUGGGUGUUCCACGACGAGGAGUCGCAGACCAAAAGAGUACGACGAUCAGGGUGUUCUCAUCCUUUGCCGCUUGUCAAAUAAGCGAAGGGUGACACUUCAGGAUUUCAAAGGAAAGACGCUGGUGUCUAUUCGAGAGUACUAUCUGAAAGACGGCAAAGAACUGCCUUCCUCCAAAGGCAUAAGUCUGACGGUUGAACAGUGGCAAGUUUUUCGGAAUGCCGUUCCCAAUAUCACUGCUGCGAUCAAGAAACUCAAAGGUUUUGACUAAAGGUGCUUAGAUCGCAAGUUUUUGAUUGCCUGAGGAGUAUCAGGGGUUUUGUGUUGCCUCAUGUCAUUAAAGUAGGCUCUCUUUAGUUUCGUCUACUACUUGUAGGCCUAAAUCUUAUAUAUAUGAUGACUUCCUUUUGCGGGGAUUUACACCACUUAUCCUCUUUGUGAAAAGCUUCUCAUGGAGAUUUUGGAUUAUGGUAUGUGAACAAAGAUAUAUGGGAAACUUAAUUUGACUCAUUUGACAAACGAAUGAGUCAUUUCUUCGCGUUUUAUUGCAGUUGUAGCCAAAUUGUAAGCGGCAGUUGUAUUGUUAGUGCAUCCUAUUUCAUAGAUAA